AGUGACUGUUCUCCUGGAGCACUUCCAAAGAACUCCGACUUCAAGGGUGACGGUUUUAAAGGUCUUGAAUCCCGCGCCCGGUUUAGAUUCUCUGGGAGUUCUGUGUCGGCGGGCCGCUGCCGAGAGCGAGGCACUGUCAGCUGGUCUUCCUCGCAAGGACCUGAGGCCUACAUUUUCCAGUGUCGUCUCGCGAAGCUGGGUAUUUUUUUAAAAGCAUGGAUUUGUCUCUUGGGGCUGGGAGCUGUGUGUCCUCGUUACUGCCGACAAAUCCCGCAGAACUUGCACGCCGUUUCCCUCGUUUCCACCUGUCUGUACGCAGUUUCGCACAAUAUCGCGGGAACAGGAGGAGCGCUGACUAGCGGCCAGCAGGCCCACGAGUCUCCAAGCCCCGCGAAUGGGGGUGGUGAAGUUGCGUUUGCCGGUUUGCGCGUUCUACGCUCUUCCUUCCACACUUUGAUGUCCGUUUUUCUUGCCGGGGGAAAGGAGCCUCAGGAUGAACUGUGGGUUCUUGUCUAGGCGCCGACCCUGUGGUUCUAGCGACGCCCCGCGGCGCUGGAGACUCCGUGUGUGAUUUCACGAGGAAUUCGCCGUCAUUUUCCGUGUGUCAACUGAAUGUGCAUCUUUGUUCUCCACCCGUUUCACAGUUCCUGUGAAACCAACCCCGUGUGUCCAGGCCUGUUCCAACGACUUCGCGGGAUGCCGCGAGCGUCCAGUGCACAGAUCACGCGAGGCAGCGCCUCGGUUUAGAGCUCUUCAGGAACGCCCGAAUUUCAAGUUUUAAGAAAUCAGGUACGUGAAGUCGUCGUACAUUGCGCUUCGGUGACUCUCUGUGGCAUACAGCGGGGACGAGUCCGUCACUCUGGCCCCCGUUGAGCCCAGAGUUCUUGCCGCGCGCGCUCGCCAGCUUCUGGGUUUCGCUCCUACAACUUUCCAGUGUUUGUCUUGGCAGAAAAGCGCUUUUCGCUGCGCUUUUCCGUCGUGCGAAUUUCGUCCUCUCUGCCCAGUCGGGCCUGGGGUGCCGGUCUCGGGGUGCAGGGAUCUGAGGCUCAAGCCGCGCGCCUUUCUCCCCGGACUGCCCUCGCUUUUUUGAUUUUCCGCGUUUUGGGGCACAGUGUCGUGACCCCCACGUAGCGCCGAGGAAGCCGUGGAAGUCUCUGAGUCGCGCCUUUCUGCGUGGAUACCGGGAUCUUUCUGGAGGCAGCAAUCGGUCUCCUUGUUUGGCUAUAGGUUUUCGCUUCUCACCGCGGGCAAAAAACGCAGUCUUUGUCGUUCUGCCUCGUGUUGUCCGCUUGAGCGCGUGCCGGCGUCGACGAACUUCCGGCUCCUGCUUCGGCUUUCCGCGUCGUCUCCGCCGUCGUUGGGCCUCCACAGCAUCUCCAGGGUUUUUCGACCUCGGUCGGUGCAGAGCGGCCAAUCGAAUCCUUGUAGAGUGACGAGUCACACAUGAUACGGUUUCGCUGUGUAUCCAUCACUGUGCCAUAGUUCUGUCACACCCCAGUGCGAUUCGCGACUUUUCGUCUUUUUGUCUCCGCGGAGAGGUCCACAAUGAGGCGCCUGAACUCCUCCACAGCUGCUGACCUGUCGAGUGCGGUGUCCGCCUGAGCUUCCUCGAGUCUUCCUCCGCAUGUAGCCUUCCUCUUCCCGCGACUCGCCGGUAUCCUGUGGAGCGCGCGUUCUUCGCCUUUGUCAAGUUUUUUCUCGCGUUGUUGUUCCGGAAGAUGGGGCGUCUGCGGUCUGCGGCGACGCGCAUGGCGACGCGCGCGGGCAGGCGGAAUGAGGCCGACGGCGCUCUUGAGGAAGGGAACGACUUGGAAGGUCGGCCGGGCGCUGGCGAGGCCUCCACGCCUCACAACCGCUUCGGACUCGUUGGCCUCUCGGAGCCGCGCGACGACCUGCGGCGACCCCUGGACGCAGAGCCUUUUGUGCCAAAGCACAGUGCCGGGGAGUUUCCAGGCUCCUGCAAGUUCCAGGGACGCUCUGCGCGGCUCUCGCUCAACUCGACAGUCUUGGGCGAGGACUGUCCUAUGCGUCUCCGGACUGACGGUGCGAGUCCAGACAUGAAGGUCGAGGAAGGCGAGAGCGGGACAGGCGUUCCGCUGCCGGCGGUCUCGCGCCUGUGCACAUCGCCGCGUGUGUUGUGGGGACUGAACUCUGGGCUCUCGCUCCUUGCAGGCUCCGUCCUACAGGGCGCAGGGACUGAGAAGGCCAGCAGGAAUCUGAGCACCAAGGUGAGCUUCGAAGCGACCCGGAAGGACUCGAGGCGCGACUCGAUGCGGCUGGCCUUCUCGAAGCAGGGGGCGAACGGCGAGGCGGGGAGACUUCAGUCUGUGGCUGUGAGGGAGGAGCCGGAGCGCCUCGUUUCGACCAAGGUUCGAGAUGUAUGCACUCGCAGUUCUCCCCACGAGAGCAGCAGCUCACGGCGCGCAGUGACGAUACGCGUCGAUGGCUCUGUCGUCGACAGCGUUGAGCUCGGCUGUCGAACCUGGAAUGGGUGCGAGACCCCGACGGAGAGAGGAGUCAAGGAGAGGAAGAAGGAGCGAAAGAAGGAGAGGGAAAUGGAGGAGAAAGAGGAAGAAGAGAUGCUGGACACAGACACCCCACCGCAUUUGCGGGGCCGAGGCACUCUGGAGGCUUUGUAUUUGAAGUGGAGCAAGCACUCGGUGUACAAAUUCUUUUCUGAGGAAGACCGCAAGUACUUUGACAUGGCCACCACGGGGAUUCCUUGCUACUUCUCGUCGAAAAACCUCGAGCGCUCCUACGCGCUGUACAGAUGCCCCGCACUCUCAGGGUACCUUCUGCUCUUCCACACUGCCUGGAUCAUCUGCACAUGGACGAUUUACUGUCUCUGUGUGCUGACGCGGCCUGCGGUCACGAGCAGUAGGCGCAUGGUUGCCCCCUUCGUCGUCUCUUGGAUGAUUUCCGCGCUCAGCAUUUUCGUCGUUUUCCUCUGGAGACAAACUGGAGGAGUCGCCGUCGAGCGGUUCAACCGAAAAGAGAAGGAACUUCGAAAGGCCGAGGAAGGCGCCGUCCCCAUGUACGAGGCGUACCACUGGCGCCCGUGCUUCACUGAAGACUUUGGGACUGCGUCGAUUGGUCUGGCAACGAUCACUCCCGUCGCGCUGGCAGCUGCUGUCGCUGUCUGGAUUGGACUCGACCCGUACAUCAUCAACGACUACGGCGAGUCAAGUUCUCGUCUUGCUCCGCCGCUGCUCGAUACUUCCUUCGGCCUCGCAGGCUUCGUCGCCUCCCAGGGAUACAUCGCCUUCUCGGUUCUCUUCCUCACGGUCUCCGUGAUUUGCUCGGGCAUUCGGCUCCGCAAGAUGCUCUACGUCGCGGUAGGCAACAUGAUCUCCGUCCUCACUGCCCUUAUCUCCUUUGCUUUCGCCUACAAGGACUACACACUGUUUCUCUCGACGAUCUUUUACACGUUCACUGUAAUUCCGGUGUCGCUCUACCACGCUAUGAAGGGAGAGCGUCUGCGUCGUUUCCUUUUCUUCCAACGCGAACGGGCGCGGUAUGGACAAGACAUCGGUGCGGAGGCCACUGGCGCGUCCGGUUCAGCGACUCUGGUCGAGGAGCUGAUCUUGUUAAUCAACGAAGCUGGACUGAAGAUUCGGCAUGCGCGGAAGAAAAUGAAGUACAAGAAAUGCACCGACCUCAUCGAGUCUGAGGGCAUGCUUAUCAGGUGUUUGAUGAUUCUGACUGCUGGAGACGAUCUGUUCGCCCUGCGAAUGGAUGGUGAGGGGCAUGGCGACGAGAGUCUUCGCGAGAAUUUGAUGGACAUCAUAGGCGCGCGGUCUCGUGGCGAAGGCGUCGCUUCUCGAGGACUUGUCAGCACUGGUCAACUUACUCUCUCGGCCUCGGCUUCUUCCGACGACGAUGACGACAUCCCAGACCUUUGCACAAAGUCCUCCGCAGACCUGGGAGCACAGGAAAUGACGAGUUUCCACGUUGUAUGCCCCGAGGAUCUCUGGGCAAUCGUCGACAUUCGAGACCUGCCGCCUGACGCCAGCCAUGGGACUGACGGCCGAGACGGAUCCAAGAGGAAGUCGCUCUGCGAAGCGAACAUCCUUUUUUCGCAUCUUCCUCAGUUUCCGCCUGCACGAUUGCAUGCCAUGCUGUCGAAGAAAGUCAGCAUCGAGUGGAACUUAAGCAUGAUCGACGUGGACCAGCAGUGCAAAGGCUGGUGUCUCUACUGUGUAGGAAGCGAUUUGAUUUUCUGCAAAGUUCAGGGAUUCGAGUGUGAGAAGUCCUUCGUCCAGAAUUUCAUGAAGGUUGCGCAAAUGUGCUACCAACCAACCAUCUACCACAACCAUCUCCACGGCGCACAGGUUGCGCACAACACAGUCUGGCUCGCGAGAAAGCUGGAACUCGCCAGCAGCCUCACGGCACCCGAACUCGUCGCUCUGAUCGUCGCUGCGCUCUGUCAUGACAUUGGCCACCAAGGAAAGAACAACGCGUUCUACGUAGCGAGUAGAUCUCCCCUUGGCAUUAUCUACAAUGACAUUGCUGUCCUGGAAAACUUCCAUGCAUGUCUCACCUUCAAGAUUCUCGCCAGGCCGGAGUGUAAUAUCUUCACGCAUCUGCCGCCGGAAGACUUCCAGAUCGUACGGAAUCGCAUGAUCGACCUCAUUCUCGCCACGGACAUGAAGAUGCACUUCGAGAUGGUUUCAAAGUUCCGUCUCCGUCGAAAUUCUCCAGACUUCUGCAGGACCAACGACGACGAUGUUUGGAUGCUGUUGAGAAUGUGCAUCAAAGGAGGAGACCUCAGCCAUGGUUUGCUCUCCUGGGACAGUCACGUGAGCUGGUCGUACCGCGCAGCUUCGGAGUUCUACGAACAAGGCGACCUUGAACUAGCGCAAGGACGCACAAUCACGCCGAUGUUUGACCGGAGGAAGCAUGCAGACUUUCCCAAGGGUCAAGAAGGUUUUCUUCGCUUCAUCAUCAUUCCGCUUUACGAAGAAAUCGCGGCCGUCGACACAACUGACGUGGUUCAAACCUGUUGUCUCCAGAACGCGGUGGCGAACAGCGAGCGCUGGCGGCAACUGCAGUCGUCGCCGGAGGAGUUUGAGGCGAUCGACGCGAAGCACCAGGCAAUCAUUUGCGUGUUGAAAGAUCGUCUCGAGUGGCGCGUUCAAAAGAACAUUGCGCCGACUCAGCGUCUCCUGCGAGCAUCCUGUGCAGAGAACCAAGUGCGAGGCUCGGGGGUCUUCUUCCCCACACCCGAGUGUUCCGGUGGGUCAGGCGCCCCCCGUGCCUCCGCGCCUGCCGAGAAGCGGCGAGAGAGCGCCUCGGCGUCCCGCGACCGCGAUCCGGGGGCUGCAGACUGGAAGGAGGAGACAGGGAACACCGCGCAAGCCUUGAGAGAGAGACCUCCCACAGAGGUCGCGCCCCAAGUUGACGGAGAGGAGACAUGUGUCUCCGACGGUGUGCACGAGAGGAACAGACAAGACGAGGGAGGCGGAAGCGAAGAGGGCCGCAGGAAGGCCGCCGGCGGCGAAACCGAGAAGCAGGGAGAUGACAGGAAGGACCUUCUCCAUUUCGAAUCGCGACUGACGCAUUAACGCCCUCAGGUUCUUGACACUGUGCUCCCAGCGACAGAGCGAGGAGCUGGAACGUCGAGGAAGACAUGCUGAUCUUGUUGAAAAACGGUCGGGAGAAAAAAAAAUGUCGAGUUCGACGAAACGAACUUGACAGAGGCGAGACACCAUGACGUUGAGGAAGAUGUCUCGGUAUCAAAAAAGUUGACGUUGAAGAAAAUGUCUUGGGAUCAAGGAAGAUGUCUUGAAGUUGAAGACGUAGCGAAAGAAAUGUCGAUGUCGAAGAGAUUGUCUUGAUGAAGAAGAUGUCUCGUCAUUAAGAAGGAUGUCAUGUUGUUUAAUUGAAGGACAUGUCUUGUACACUAGCGAAUUCGUCUUGUCAUUAAGGUAGCGUUCUUGACGUUGAAAAAGAUAUUGUGUCAUUAAAGAAGAGGCCUCAGUUAUGAAAUUGAAGGAGCAGGCCCCAUCAAAAAGUGUGUCUCGUCAUGAAGGUAGAGCUGAUGACGUUGAGGAAGACGUCUUGUCAUUUCGAAAGAGAUCCCGAUGUUGAAAAUUUUUUAUCUUCAAGGAAGAUGUCUUGUCAGUGAGGAAGAGGCGGUCGUGACGUUGAAGAAGAUGCCUUGUAAUUUAGGAAGAGAUCCUGGCGUCGAAGAUUUUUUAUCGUCAAGGAAGAUGUCUUCUCGUUCCGAAAGAGAUCCUGACGUUGAAGAAGACGUCUUGUUCUUGAAAAAGAGGUCUCGACCUAAAGGAGCACAAUGUUCACAUUUAGGGAGAGCGCUCGACAGUGAGGCAGAGCCGGCCUCACAGGUUGCAUGAUUGGGAAAAGGCAGACUUAUGGCGCUUUGUUUGUCUCCACUGCACAGCCUGUGGAAGAGCGGCUGUUCCGCGUCUCGCGCGCCUGGACGACGGGCGCUGCUGCCAGCGAGGCAGGAGAGAGAGCCUCGGAGAGUCCAUCUGCAUGCGUUCCCGGUCCACAGCGUUUUCUCCCCGCCAUCGUGUAUAUAGUUUUAGCGGUAGACUGGAGAGAAGGUAGAGGGUGACGGCAGAGGCGGUGAGAAGCGAAUUCUUUUCUUUACACAAGCCGGCGCAGCCCUCCUGUUUACUGGUUUACAAAGUCAGUGUUCAGCCGGAAAGUUGAAAAAAAAAUUCCUGGUGCGUUUCGGUCAACUUUUUCUCCCCGGGGUGUCUUCUCCACUUGUGGAGGUCACAGCAGUGUCUUUGCGUUUAUCCGCGUCUGUCUCCUGUCGCUGCCGCGUCCCUCUCGCUUUGCUCAACGCGGAGGAGGCAAGGACGACACAACAAACGCGAGUGAGGAAUCGACGAGGCGUGAGCUGUCGCUUUUUCAGCGCCAUUUGUUGUUUCUCGGGAAGGUGAUUGUAGGUUCAAGUGACGCUUCUGUGUCUCGACAAUGUUCGCGUUCUGCCCCGCUUGUACUGUCUACAGUUUGUUUAACACCUUAUAAUGCUUGGCCC